AAAGUCCGCAUUUCCGGAACUUGUGUCCAUUAUUGACCCCCAAAUUCAUAGAAACCCAUGAACGACUGAGUCAACAUGAAUUCAUGUCGAAUUUGGCAAAUAUUACAAUCUGCUUCGAGAAAAAAAACUGAUAUUCGUACAAAUGGCGCCGGUGACGAAUUUGACUCCUGUUCAUUUCUUCUCUCAUGGCUCCACAAUGAUGCUUGGGGAACAAUCCGAUAGUGCAACAUAUUGGAAAAAAUGCGGCGACGAAGCUCUGGCAAAUGGGAUAAAACACGUGGUAAUGAUGGGGGCACACUGGGCAACUCUCGGCAACGAAAUCGAAGUUGCUUCGAAUCCCACACCCGGAAAAUCUCCAGUAGCCUACGUGCAUCCUUCAAAUACGUACCAUACAAGUUAA